AUGCCUUUCAUCAAACCCGAGCCACAGGAACAACACGCUCUUCCUUUGGCCGACUCUUCAGCGUGGCAAUCUAACGCCGGCAUUGACACGAGAGCCACGACACUGGUCAAGCCAGAGACACGGGACUCCAACCAAAUUCUAUCCGACGCGUGUUCUACGUCUCCUCCUUUGAACAGCGCGCCUGCAUUGCCCAAUGUGAAACCCGAAUCUGCUGUUCCUCAAAAUGGUGGCCAAGGGACUGUUGCCAAUCCAGAGCCUCCGCGUGCUUUCUACAAGGUCUAUGCAUCACCGGACGACAUCCAGUAUGUCCCGGAAGAUGCUCUUAAGGAAGGCCUGGGCAUGGUUGAGAGAAUCAAAGGUAACAUUAAGAAGCUCGAAUUAGGUAGUAAGCUACGUAAAGAUGUGUGGCUAAGGGAAAUUGAGAGUCUUCAGAGUCAAGGUGCUCCUACAACGAUGAUCGCUGUAUGCGGAGCAACUGGUGCUGGCAAGUCCUCCGUCUUGAAUGCUAUUCUCGACGACAACAUUGUUCCGACGAGCGGAAUGAGGGCCUGCACGUCCGUGGUUACGGAAAUUGGUUAUCACACCAAGCGUACCAUUGAUGCCAACGUGUCCUUCCUCUCCGAGACAGAGUGGAGAGAGGAACUCGUUGUUCUUCAACAUGAUAUGGUGGAUGAAGAUGGUAAAGUGAAGAGAAGCACCGAUAUGCGCACCGAAGCUGGAGUCGCUUGGUCUAAGGUACACGCUGUAUAUCCUUCCAUCAUUCCGGAGCAGUUCGUGAAGAUGACAAUUGAUCAAAUUAUCUCCUCGGAUAUCAAGAUCAAGAAUAUCCUUGGCACUACCAAGCAUAUUACCGCAAAGGACCCUAAGACUUUCGGUAGAGAGAUCGCGAAAUACAUAGAUUCCAAGGACCAGAAGCGCGGCGACAAAGAGAAGAAGUCGAAGGAGAAGAAGGACACGGAUAAAGGGAAAGAAAAGAGCCUCAUGGACAAGAUCCGCGCAGCCAGCGGUGCCACUCACAGCACCAAGUACAAGGAUGAUCUCGACGGCCCCGCUCUGUGGCCCCUCAUCCGAGGUGUUGGCGUUCGCUGUCAAUCUCCCGCUCUUUCGACGGGUGCGCUCCUUGUUGACUUGCCCGGCGUCGCCGAUUCGAAUGCGGCAAGGAACAAUAUUGCCAAGGAUUAUAUGAAGAAGUGUGACUGCGUGUGGAUCCUCGCACCGAUCACUCGCGCGGUUGACGACAAGACGGCUCGAGACCUUAUGGGUGACGCGUUCAAGAUGCAAUUAAUGAUGGGUGAGUGGUUGCACGUGCCCAUAUCACGCAAAGUUUCUCUUACAUAUUGUGCGCCUUUGGAAUCGCUCAGACGGAAAUUUCUCAGCUAUGAUGCGAACGCCAUCACUUUCGUUGCUUCUAAGUGCGAUGACAUUUCCUGCUCGGAAGUUAUCCGCGCCCUAAACCUCGAAGAUGAUCCCGAGCUCGUCGACAUAGAAGAACAGAUAAGCCAAUGCAAAGAUGAUACCACCGAAUGGAAGGGCAAGAAGGCAGAUGCCGAGGCAGCAGCUAAAGGCAUCGACACACAGCUCAAGGAAGUUCGUGCAUAUCUUGCAGAAUACCAAGAACAUCUGAAAGCGCUGGAGGAAGGCCGGACUUUCGUCCCUGUUCUCACUGCUAAGUCUGGAAAAAGAGAGACCACUUCCGAAACACCCAAGAAACGCAAGAACACCGGGGGUGAGAAGAAAGGUACCUCCAAGAAACGCAAGACUAGUGGAGACGGUGAGGACGGUGAGGACGACCUGAUAGUCGUUGACGACGCAGACGAAGAUGAAGAAGAGGACAUCAUGGACGUUGAAGAUGAGCUCGUUUUCUCCGACUCUGACAGCGAUAAGCAAUCCGACGAUGGGAAGGAUGACGACGAUAGCUCAGACAACUCGGAUUCUGAAUCCGCAGAGGACUCCGAAGAGGAACAAGAGGACGAUGAUAACGAGGCUGAAGAGGUCACAGUUGAAAGUCUGCAAGCAAAGAUUGGAGAAGCCAAGGAUGCUAUCAAGGCGGGCCGCCUCCAACUGUCGGAGUUCCGCAAGCAGAGGAAGGAAGCCAGCGACAUGCUUGCAACUAUCAAGAAGAAACAGCUCAAAGCCCAGAGAGAGAAGAACGCAUUCUGUUCCUUAAAGCGCUCUGAGUUCUCCCGCGAUGUUCUUAAGGAAGACUUCCGGACGGGAUUGAAGGAGCUCGAUGAUGCGGCUGCUGAGCAGCGUGACCCGGACAGCUUUGAUCCCACCGUCAAUCUACGCAACUAUGACGAAAUUGAUCUUCCUGUCUUCACGUGUUCCGCAAGAGAUUAUGUUCGGUUAAAAGGCCAAGUCAAGGGUGACGGUGAUUCCACAUGUUUCUCAAAGGUAGAAGAUACUGGUAUCCCGGAGCUGCAGAAAUGGUGUCACCAACUCACUGUUUCCUCUCGCGAACGCGCUGCGCGGAACUUUCUCACGCACUUGCGAACCUUUGCCAACUCUGUGCGUACGUAUGUGCAAGGUAUCGGCGAUGUGACCGUGAGCGACCGCGAGGCUAUGCGCGAGAAGUGGGAAUCCAUCGCGGCGGAUGACAGCUCUGCUUUGGACCACGACGAUCCAGCCUAUGGGUUUCUAAUGGAUGAUGAACUCGACAUGGCGUUCAGGGGAAUGUACAGCCUCAAUGAACAAGCCACAAAGGUGGACCGGCAGGGAAAUGCAGCCGGUGUGGCGCCCCGUCUUACCAAGGAUUUCGAGACUGUUGUCAAGUCCUGCGUGGAAGAACUGAAGGCGUGCUUCCGCGAGGGUUUGGAAGAAAAGUGCGCGGCUGGCGCUAUCAAUGCUGCCAAUGUUGCUAUUGAUACCUCAGACACCUUCGCGACCUCAAUGCACUGGGCCACCUACCGUGCUACUUUGCGCCGCGAUGGAGCAUGGCGUCGGGACCUCAACGUUGAGCUGUCGAACCCGCUCACUAGGAACAUUGCGAGUUCGUGGUCCAAAGUAUUCGAGUCCGACCUCUUCGCCUCAUUUGAGAAGGCCACGCUGGAUGCGAUCAACAAGCUGCUUGCGGAGGUCGAAGAGUCCGCAGCUAUCGGUCUCAAAGAGCGUGCGCGCGGGCAGGCGGAGCUCUGCCUCGAGGAUGCCCGGGUCGCAUUGCAGAAGACGCUGGAUGUGGUACGCGACACGAUGAAUACGCAGCAGAAGGAAGCAAGCCGCUCUUUCGCCCCGGAGGUGCAGACCCAGCUCCGCGAGGGGUACCGCGAUGCGAUGGAGGAAAGGGGCAUUGGUAGCGUCGCACGCCAGAAGGCGGUUUUCCGUAAUUUCCUGGCCAGCGUGAGGGAUCAUGUAUUCACGGACGCAGCCUCUGUGCUCUUGAAGAGUCUGGUUGGUGCGGCAGACGCGGUAGGCGAGGCACUGAACAAAUCGUUGGCGGAGCUAGCGCAAAAGAUCGAGGUCAGCAUUGCGGUGCUUUGGGAGGGCCCUCGCGACGACCCGUCCCAGAUGAAGGUCCGCGCACAGGUGGUCGCGACCAUGACAGAGAUUAUGGAGCAGGUGCAGAUGUGGGUGGACGCCGGGCGCAACAAGACUGUCGAUGCUUAA